GCUCGUCCUCCUCGGAAGUGACGUCACAGUGUCAACAUGCAAGAUGGCGGCGCAUCACCGGCAGAACACGGCGGGGCGGCGGAAAGUGCAGGUCUCCUAUGUGAUUAGAGAUGAGGUGGAGAAGUAUAACCGAAAUGGGGUAAAUGCACUUCAGCUGGAUCCAGCAUUAAAUAGACUCUUCACAGCAGGCCGAGACUCUAUUAUAAGGAUAUGGAGUGUCAAUCAGCACAAGCAAGACCCGUAUAUUGCAUCUAUGGAACAUCACACGGAUUGGGUAAAUGAUAUUGUACUCUGCUGCAAUGGUAAAACAUUGAUAUCUGCUUCUUCAGAUACUACUGUUAAAGUGUGGAACGCGCAUAAAGGAUUUUGCAUGUCAACACUAAGGACACAUAAGGAUUAUGUGAAAGCCUUAGCAUAUGCAAAAGAUAAAGAACUGGUAGCAUCUGCCGGGCUGGACAGACAAAUAUUCCUCUGGGAUGUAAAUACUCUAACAGCACUGACUGCCUCAAACAACACUGUCACAACUUCUUCCCUGAGUGGGAACAAAGAUUCUAUCUAUAGCCUUGCAAUGAAUCAAAUGGGAACAGUUAUUGUUUCGGGGUCCACUGAGAAGGUUCUCAGGGUGUGGGAUCCAAGAACUUGUGCAAAACUAAUGAAACUCAAAGGACACACAGACAAUGUAAAAGCUUUGCUGUUGAACAGAGAUGGUACCCAGUGUCUUUCAGGCAGUUCUGAUGGGACUAUUCGGCUGUGGUCCCUUGGGCAGCAGAGAUGUAUAGCCACAUAUCGAGUCCAUGAUGAAGGUGUUUGGGCUCUGCAGGUCAAUGAAGCAUUCACUCAUGUUUAUUCAGGAGGAAGAGACAGGAAGAUCUAUUGUACAGAUUUACGGAAUCCUGAUAUUCGUGUGCUUAUUUGUGAAGAAAAGGCACCAGUUCUUAAGAUGGAACUUGAUAGAUCAGCUGAUCCUCCUCCAGCAAUUUGGGUUGCAACAACUAAAUCCUCUGUGAAUAAAUGGACUUUGAAGGGAAUUCAUAAUUUUAGAGCAUCUGGGGACUAUGAUAAUGAUUGUACCAAUCCUAUACCACCCCUAUGUACACAGCCUGACCAAGUUAUAAAAGGGGGUGCUAGUAUCAUUCAGUGCCACAUUCUUAAUGACAAGAGACACAUAUUAACCAAAGACACAAAUAAUAAUGUGGCAUACUGGGAUGUCUUAAAAGCAUGUAAAGUUGAAGACCUUGGGAAAGUAGAUUUUGAAGAGGAAAUUAAGAAGAGAUUUAAAAUGGUGUAUGUGCCAAACUGGUUCUCAGUAGACUUGAAAACUGGGAUGCUGACAAUUACUUUGGAUGAAAGUGACUGCUUUGCAGCCUGGGUUUCAGCAAAGGAUGCUGGAUUCAGCAGUCCAGAUGGUUCUGAUCCAAAAUUGAACCUUGGAGGGCUUCUAUUGCAAGCACUUUUGGAGUACUGGCCUAGAACACACAUCAAUCCAAUGGAUGAAGAGGAAAAUGAAAUAAAUCAUGCAGUAAAUGGUGAGCAGGAAAACAGAGUCCAGAAAGGAAAUGGAUAUUUUCAAGUACCACCACAUACACCAGUUAUAUUUGGUGAGGCUGGAGGACGCACUUUGUUCAGGUUAUUAUGUCGGGAUUCAGGUGGUGAAACGGAGUCUAUGCUUCUGAAUGAGACUGUGCCACAAUGGGUCAUUGACAUCACUGUGGACAAAAAUAUGCCCAAAUUCAAUAAGAUUCCCUUCUACCUCCAACCUCAUUCGUCUUCAGGAGCAAAAACUCUAAAAAAAGACCGGCUGUCAGCAAGUGAUAUGCUUCAGGUGAGAAAAGUGAUGGAGCAUGUGUAUGAGAAGAUCAUAAACUUGGAUAAUGAGUCUCAGACAACUAGUUCUUCCAAUAAUGAGAAAGCAGGAGAACAAGAAAAAGAGGAGGACAUUGCUGUGCUCGCAGAAGAGAAAAUUGAACUUCUUUGCCAGGACCAGGUUUUGGAUCCGAAUAUGGACCUUCGAACUGUAAAGCACUUCAUCUGGAAGAGUGGUGGUGAUCUGACACUUCAUUAUCGCCAGAAAUCAACGUGAAGGGGAGUAGUGGACUUACAUGGUUACUCAUUGACUUGACCAUAAUGUACUGGUUCCAAGAGUAGUACUAUAGAAGCCCACUGAACCCCUAAGGUAGAUGAGACUUCUAAUGACUCAGUAUGGAUGGAAAAUAUACGUUUAAUUGAAGUGACUAAUAGAUCUGUAAUAUAGAGGAAAAAAAACCUGUAUGAUUUAAACUAAAAUCUGUCCUAGUCUCAGUCACUGAGAUGGGAGGUCCCUGAGUGGUUGAUAUUGUGUGAGGUGUACAGAGAAUGGAUGAUAAUCCAAUGCAGACUUUUGCUUCCUCCUUUUUGCUUUUUUUUUUUUUCCAGAACUUUAUAUUGUCAUCUGCUCACGCUUGAUAUGAAACCAUUUCCAUCAUAUUAAUGAAUAGUGGUAUUUACAACAUAAUUUAGAACUGCACAGGCAGUAUUUUUAUUACAUUCCAUUCAUAAAGUACCUACAGUGGUCUCUCGGGUUACUGAACCAUUUCUAUCACUUAAAGACAUUUGGUAAAUAGGUAAUGCAUACUUCAAAGAAUUGGCCCGCUUAAUUGCUGAUGGAGGAUUAACAUCAGACUUGUUCUAAUACUGUGACUUGAACGUUGCUUUAGAGAGUUUUUGUCCUGCAAAACAAGAACACUAGAUAAAUAUUGUAGCAGGGUCAGUCCAAUGAUGCUGUGCAUCACAAUAGGGUGAACGUGCUUUGCUGCAACCUAAUGAAUUCUUUUUUAAUCUAUAUAACUAGUUCUGGCAAUGUGUGCUUUAAGGACACAGCAGUCUAAUUUUUGGUAACUUUGCUCUAUAACUAUGUGACACUUUGUUAAAACUUCAGACCAUUCUGAAUAUAACUUCCAGUGUUUCACGUUGAACUCCAGACAAUUCACAGCAGAUUUCAUACUCAUGAUGUAAAAAUACGUAUUCUUUUUUUCUUCCAAAGUUUUAUAUGCAGUUGUUCUUUUGUUGUAGAUGCAGAUCUUCUUUUCACUGUUAUUUCUAAAAAAAGAACAAACCUGUGACUGUCGCAGACUCAUAGUAGUCUUUUAUAGUUUAACUUAUUGGGGGGAGGGGGGUAACAGCACUUCAGCUUUUGUUGAGAAAGUGUGGGAUUGUCCCAGGAAAACCAUUUGUAUCCAGAACAAACUAAAAUCCUCGUAAAGAAAUGAUGUAAAGAUGACUUGUCUGAAGCAGAAGCACAAGUGCCUUCAGAGGGCAGUACAUUAAUUGAGUUUCUUCAGGAGACACAUGCUCUUGCCCUUCCUGUGUCUUGCUAUCAAGAUUUAGGUUGAGGCCUAAAGAAAGUCCCAAUAGAUGAUGUUACUGGGAUUGUAUUGGUCAACAAAAAGUGAAAUAUUUUUCAUUGUAUUUUAUUUGAAAAAAUUAAAUCAUUGCCUUCUGCACUAUUAAGCUAACUCAAGAAACUCAUUGCUUGAAUAAAAAAUGUGGCUCAGAACUAAGCUAGCAUGUCUUUCACUCAUCUUUUGGAAGGGUUGGUUUCAGUUUUUAGACCCAUUUCUGUGUAUGUUCACUUUAAUACAGUUGUGCUAUCUCUGCACAUUUUUAGUAGUAUUUGUGAAUUAAUGCUUAAAACACAACUGUAAUUUUUAUUGAUAAAUUGUCCUGACUUGUAUUAACUAAUAGCAAAGCUUUGUGCUUUGUUUCAGUAGACUUUUUUCUGGUCAUCUUGCUGACCCAUUGUAUACACUGUACAUUCUCCCAAUAAUUUUGUUUGAAAUAACCCGAUGUU